AUGACGACAGAGGACAUAGGUGAUGAACUCCCCAGUUUCGCCUACGAACAAUUCAAUGAGAUGUUGACGGUCAGUAAGAAGUCUUCUUCAGAAGACGAUCUGGACUUGAUCAAAUAUGGCCAAGUUCGGACUUGGACUAAGGCGAAACGUGUGCUUGCAUACACGUUACGCUUCUCCCUAGUAGCUGCAGCGAAACUCAAUAUCACGCGAAUCAAUAAAAUCAUGCUCUUCGACAAUGUGCAGUAUCCACUGGAUUCAAUACCUUUGAGUGGACCGGAGGUUCAAUUAUCAGGAAAAUUUCUCAUAAAGAACCAUCAAAAUAUCCACAUCACAGAGCAAAUAGUGCGUUCUCUCCACCAUCCCAAUAUACAGCCAGAUUAUGGAGGCGUCUUACGCUGUCAUCGACGUCUGGGUAAAGCACAACUAGAAGAUAGUGCCAAAUAUCCUGUCAUCAUUCUUCAGCAAUCCUUUCUGGCGGAGACUAUAAUCCGGGACUAUCACCAAAGAGAGUAUCCGGGUAUAAAUCACACUGUCGCACUCAUUCGGCAACACUUUUGGAUCCCAAAGAUACAUUCUCAGGUAACAGGGAUAAUUCGGAAGUGCAUACAAUGUCAACGAUUCAAUAACCUUCCAUAUCGCUAUCCCACUCAAGGAGAUUUACCUAAGGAAAGAGUCAUCAGGUCUGCUCCUUUCCAACAUGUGGGACUCGAUUACUUCGGACCCUUCACAAUAAGAACAACCUCAAACAGCCAAGCGAAAUGUUACGGAGCAAUUCUUACUUGCAUGGUAACACAAAUGAUACAUUUGGACGUGGUAUCGGAUCUCACCACGACCGCCUUUCUCAAUAUGCUGCGCCGAUUUUUCGCUAGAAGAGGAGUACUUCGAUCCAUCACAAGCGAUAACGCUCCUACAUUCGAUUUAGACAAUACUAUUUUGCAAGAGAAUAUCAAAGCGGCACGAAAUGACCCCGCUAUUAUGAGAGAACAAAGAGAUAUCCAGUUAUCGUAUCCGUUGGGGUUCACCUCGGAAUCAGAAGAUCCCCAUUAUCUUCCACCAAUAGAGGCAGCAGCUAUUAACACCAAACGACAAGCAAUUGCAGCUUUAGAAGCCUCGUGCAAACUUACGGACAUGUUUUGGAAUACUUCGCAGGCACAAUACCUAACGGCUCUUCGUGAAAAGCAUACUCGCGAGGUGAGUCACGAAAAGCGUUGUUCAAGGACACCCGAGCUGGGAACUCUGGUACUUACAUGUGAUUCUCUACAACCACGUCACUCAUGGAAACAUGGAGUGAUACACCAAGUAAUAAUAAUAGUAAUAGUAAGUAAUAAUAGUAAUAAUAAUGAAGGGAAAAUUCGAGAGGUAGUAGUACGGUUACCAUCGCAGCGCCUCAUAAAGCACCCGGCAAAUCUACUCGUUCCUUUGGAACUUGAUGAUAACGGCAGUAGCACGAAAGAAAUUUCGAAGAAGCCCAAAUCAGAGGAACAGGCAUCAACAGAACCGUCUCAACAAAGAGACCAUUCAGACCGUAACACGCCAGUAUUAAGAACAGCUCAGCAGCCCAAUAACCGCUAUGAUCUUCGUCCACGACGGAAGAUCAACUACACCGAAGAAAAGGAGGACACAGAACCCAUCGCAUCAUGCAAGCUUCCACAUUACUUCAAGUCUCUCUGA